AUGCUGAGCAUCUGCUCCCACCUCGCGCAUGUCUCCGUGAAGCCCCUGGGGGACGAAGCCCAUGUGUGCGAGCGCUCGGGGCGCACCCUGAGCGGCAGCACCCUACAGAAAGCCCAACGUGUCCCGUACACGAGUGGGCCGGCUCCGACUGCGUACCUCACAGAUGUGGACAAGCAAAUGAAAAGCUUUUUCCUGUGUGGGCUUUGCCCUGACAGUGAUUCACCAGCCAAAACGCCGCUCUUAAAAAGAACAAGGUGUCUGAGUUAUGCCUUCCUGCUCCUCUUCCAGGGUGGUCCGGUGGAAAUCCUGCCUUUCCUCUACCUUGGCAGUGCCUACCACGCUUCCAAGUGCGAGUUUCUCGCCAACCUGCACAUCACAGCCCUGCUCAACGUCUCCAGGAAAAGUUCGGAGUCCUUUCAAGACCAGUAUUGCUACAAGUGGAUCCCGGUGGAGGACAGCCACACGGCAGACAUCAGCUCGCACUUCCAGGAGGCCAUUGAUUUCAUCGAUUAUGUCAGGCGAGCAGGGGGCAAGAUCCUGGUACACUGUGAAGCUGGGAUUUCACGCUCUCCCACCAUCUGCAUGGCAUAUCUCAUGAAAACAAAGAAGCUCCGCCUGGAGGAGGCCUUCGAUUACAUCAAGCAGCGUAGGAGUCUGAUCUCGCCAAACUUUGGUUUCAUGGGCCAGUUACUACAAUAUGAGUCAGAGAUCUUGUCUUCCACUCCCAGCCCCCCUGUUGCCUCGUGCAAAAGAGAAGCUGUGUCUUUUUUUGCAGAAGAACUGACGUUGGGCAAAAAUUUUGAAGGCUCGUGUUUUGCCUUUCCUACCUCAGUCUUGAGUUCUGUGCCCAUCCACUCUCCCGUCCAUCAGCUGAAAUUUGGAGCAAACAGCCAGGGUGGGAGGGAGCUCCUUUCCCAGGAUACUGUUGCACAGCCAGGUGAAAAUCCCCUCUCUCCUGCUCUGUCCUCUGAAGUGUCAGGUAUUGCCCACAACGAUGAAAAUCUGAAGCAGGCACAGCCCCCACUUCCUCCGCUGUGCGCCCGCGGCAGGACGCUGCAGCCUGAGCCGGGUGACUCGAGCGGCUGUGGGCACCACCAGGCACCUGCGAGCAUCAAGCGAGGGGGCCGGGGCAUGCAGGGCACCCCAUGCUGUGCUCCCUGUGGGCACUUUCCUCCUCCUGCCUUAGUGCAGAAAUUCAUGUGA